GACUCUUCUUUAGUGUCCUCCUUGAUUGGACUUGCAGCCGAUGGUGGAGCUGAACUACAGUUUCGCACUCGCUCAGCAUCAGGCCACCUAAUAUCCAUCUUCCCAUCAACGAGCAUCCAUCUUGAUGGUGGUGUAUGCGCAGUGCGUUCAAAGAGAAUUAUUUCUUGCCCAAACUUUCUAUAAGCAUUGGCAAAGGACUCCUGAGGAAGAGGCAAAUGCUCAUCGGCUUCAUCAUCCGAACUAGAUCUAUUCAACAAUGAAUCCAUUUCAUCAAAAGAGCAAAAUCGUUCAAUUACGUCUUCAACAUCGUCUUCAUCACCGGGACUAGCUAUCACUAAUCCGUCUUCAGUCUCGCUAUCAUUUUCAGAACCUGAAAACAAGUAA